CAGUUUCUCAGAGACUCAGUACCAUGGCUGUCCUGUGGCUGGUGCUGCUAGUGGGCCUGUCUACCUUGAAUCUGGGAGUCUUCAUAUGGGCUGCCAUCCAUCACUUUCUCACGGCAGAGAUACCCUCUGCCUUGAAGCAUCCUGUCAAGUUAAGAUUUCUGCAUUGUGUGGUACUGUACGUAAUUGCUCUGGGAAAAAUAUUUGAGAAGAUGAAAAUUUGCUCCAUGCCCAGAUUUAUUCAGUUUUUCCAAGAUUUAAUAAUCAUAAAGAAGAACCACAACUUGGUGGUAACCAACAUGUGUUUUGGGACAAUCUCUGUGAGACUGUUCCAGCCUAAGGCAGUGUCCUCAGAACUCCGGCGAGGCAUUAUUUUUUACCAUGGAGGGGGAGCCUUAUGUGGCAGCCUGGACAGUUACCACAAUCUGUGCAGCUUCCUGGCCCAGCAGACAGAUUCCGUGGUGCUAUCAGUGGGGUACCGCAAGCUUCCUGACCACAGUCACCCUUGUAUUACUAAGGAUUGCCUGAAUGCCUCCAUCUACUUCAUGAAGAAUCUAAUGACCUAUGGGGUAGACCCCUCCCGGGUGGUGGCAUGUGGAGAAAGUAUUGGAGGUGGGGCUGUGGCCCUUGUCAUCCAGGCAUUGCUAAGCUUCCCAAGUCUUCCUCGCAUCCGUGCUCAAGUGCUCAUUACUCCAGUUAUGCAAGCAGUCAAUUUCCGCUUACCAUCACAUCAGCAGAACCAAAAUGUCCCAUUCCUCACCAAUGACAUACUCAUGAUAGCUGUGUGUAAAUACAUGGACAUUGACUUCUCCUGGAAAGAUGCACUGCUUAAUGGUACUUAUAUGCCUCUGGACAGCUGGAAGAAGUAUAGCAAAUGGCUCAGCUCCGAUAACAUCCCUAGAAGGUUCAAGAGUAAAAGCCUCCUGCCUGAGUUUUCAGGACCUUUCAAUGAGACUGCCUAUCUGGAAAUAAAACAUAUUUUAGACACAGAGGUUUCACCUCUCCUAGUAGAGGACAAGAUCAUUGCUCAGCUUCCGCAGGCAUUCCUAGUGACCUGUGAGAAUGACCCCCUGCGUGAUGAUGCCUUGCUCUAUAAGAAGCGUUUAGAAGACCAGGGGGUCCCUGUAACCUGGUACCAUGUAGAAGAUGGAUUUCACGGAUGCAUCUUUUUGUUUGAUACUCAUCUAUUCUCUUUUCCCUGCUCCAUAAAAAUUGCAAAAGCUGUUUCCAGUUACAUAAAGGGCAUAUGACUGUUGCCUUUGGCUUUGAGUGUGGAACAAGAUAGCAACUACUUGUUCUGGUUUUUUCUUUCCCUAGUUUGGUUUUAUUGGGUAAGGAGAUGCUGAAGCCAUGUAUGAUCCAAGAAGGAAAGACUAGGUAGAAGCAAGAACUGUUAGCUUUGUAUUCAAGAAAGAUUGGACUGUAUGUUUCUUUCCAGAGUCGACAACAUCCAGUGUAACCACACUUUCUACUGCUUCAUUCAUUUGAAAUAAAUGCCCAAGUGGG